UUUAAUGAAGACAAAGAUACAAUAUGCAAUAUGAUACCUUCUCCCUGUCCUCACCUCCAUCCCACCCGGGAAGGGCUGUGCCCAUCUCUGAGAACUGCUUUGCCUCAAACUCAGCUCUUUACCAGCGAACAGGACAGCACCCCUGUGGCGGGAGGCCCUGAAGUCUGAACCAGCGCCAUGGAGGGCUCUGUGCUGAGCCCCACGUCCUGGGAGAGGCGACGGGCCUGGCUCCGACAGAGCCGCCACUGGCAGACCCAGGUCCUGGAAGAGGAGGCCGCCGCAGCCCUGCAGGAUGUCCCAGAUCCCGAGCCUUCUGGCCUGGAUGAUGUUUUCCAGGAAGGGAAUCCAAUCAACAAGAUUGAAGACUGGCUGCAGGAUUGUGGAUACUUUGAAGAAGGGUUUUUUGAGGAAGCCGGACAGCCGAUCCACAACGGGUGCCCCAGCCAUGGAACCAGCUUUGAAGAUGACUUGACCCUCGGAGCAGAAGGUAAGUGGCACAGCUCUCUGAGGUUGGGAUUGAGGAAGAGGCUAUCCACUGGAUGAAUUAAGGAUAGAAUGGAAGGGGAGAACUGCAGAAAGAAGCAGCCCAUCCCUGGGGUCUUAUCUGCAGGGAAAGAGCAAUCUCAUAUGAUCUAAUGGAAAACUCAGAAAGUGUCACAUGCCCAGAAGUACUUCCUCACCAGCCUAUCAAGACAUCUACUGGUCCAUCAUUGGAGCUUUCCUUCGGCCCCUGAAUAUAUAAAAUCACCAUAAAAGUGGCUGCCCAGACAUCUUUGAGAUGGUUUCCUGUAUAGGAAGCCCCAGGCAGCCUGAGUACUGGGUGUAAGAGAGAGACUCCAUUGGAGGAAAAUAAGGGCUGGGAUAAAGGAUGGAGGUACCACAACCUACCAGUGUCUUCUGGCACCCGUAGAGACUCAAGUGGUGAGGCAGGAACACUAGCCUGGGGGCCUGAAUGACUCUGUCCUCCUCAGGACAGCGAAACUCUUGUCUGGGCACCAGGCAUGGUUCAGAAGUUCAGAGGCUUGGGGCCAGUUUUUCUCUGCUGUAUUUGUCCAGGUCUGUGUUUGAUAAUCUUCAGAUACUUAUAUAAAGAACAGAGUUCAUGGGAUUCAGGGGCCUAUAGUAGUGGCAGAGGGGAACAGAGGGGGUUGAGUUUUAAGCUCAGAGGGGCAGCUUAGGUGAUUUGCAGUCUCCCUUCUAACUUUUUCUUUGCCUUUCUGUUCCUUGUCCAGCCACACUGUUGGCCGCCAACAGCAAACUCUUCUCCAGGUAAGUGUUCGGUUGAGCCAGGCUGAACGAUGUCUCCUUCAGGACCUACUGAACUGGGGUGAGUGUCAGAGUCCAAGAAAUUAAAAACAAAGAGCUGAAGAUUCACAAUAGAGUGUGAGAUUUCCAACUAGGAAUGAGACCAUAGAUUGAGUUUUUACAGUAGAUGGUUCAAAGGUACCCAGCAGGGAGUGACAAUGCCCAGUAGGGCAUGUCUAGGAACCAGGGUGCAGACUGCUUACAAGAUUAGUAUGACUUCAACGUUGAUCCCUGCAGGAGUUUCCUGGAGACAGCCCGGCCUGGGCAGCUACUGGAUCUUGGCUGCAGUUUGGCUUCCAGCAGCAUGACUGGUGGGACCAACAAGACUAGUUCAAGCAUCUCAGAGAUUCUGGACAAGGUGCAAGAAGAUGCAGAAGAUGUCCUUUUCAGUCUGGGCUUUGGCCAGGAGGACCACAAAGACACUUCUCGAAUUCCUGCCCGAUUUUUCACCACCCCCUCUCAGGCCAAAGGCAUUGAUUUCCAGCUCUUCCUGAAGUCCCAGAUGCGGAGGAUUGAGAUGGAAGACCCGUGCCUCAUGCUGGCCAGCAGGUUUAAGCAAGUGCAAACACUGGCCGUCACCGCCGAUGCCUUCUUCUGUCUCUACUCCUACGUAUCUAAGACCCCUGUCCAAAAGUUCACACCAUCCCACAUGUUCUGGAAUUGCAACCCAACUGAUGUGCCAUCCGUCAAGAUUCUGGCCCCAGAACCUGAACCUCACUCACCCAGAGAGCGCCUCCGGAAAGCCAUCUCCAAAAUGUGCCUGUACACAUGCCCACGAGAUAGGCUAUCACCACCCGACCACACCCCCAAAAGGAACAGUUUAGACCAGGUGGUGUGGGAAGUGAUGGACAGAGUGCGAGGAGAGAAGCUGGUCCUCCAGCAAGACCCUGGGUUUGGGCCAGUCCCACAGGGAGAUCCUGUGCCCCCCAUCAGGGGUACAAAGCUGCCCAUUUCUUCCUGUCCAUGUGCCCUCUGCUUUAAAGAGGAAACACAGCAGGGGAUGUCCACGUUGCAAGAACCAUCAGAAACUCUGGAUUCUAACCCCUGUUGCACACAUUCUCUGCCCAGGGCAGAUCUACAGUGGAGCACAGACCCUGCACAGGUAAAGAGACAGCUGUGGGGUCUGCAAGCCACCAGUAAGGAAGCCCAUUUAGCCAAGGAUGAGACCUUCUGCAAAAGAAAGAGCAGAGCAAGAAAGAGUCUGUUUCAGAAGAAUCCCAUGGGCAGGAAGGUGAAAUCACUGGACCUGUCCAUCAUCCAACAGCAAUGGAAACAGGGCCAAGAGAGAACAGAACUGCACCGAUCUCUAACCCAGCAGCUGCAGGACACUUUGGACUUGGAGGUGCAAAGCAACAGUGAGGAGGAGGAGAGCCGCUGGCCCAGCAGAUCCAGAAACCACCACCUCUACCAGACUUUUGCUGGCAAAGACUCAGGAACCUUUCACCACCACCACAGCACAUGCUCUGACAGCAGCGGCUUCAUAGAAGAGCCUAACUCCCACCUCCUCUUGCAGGAGGCUGUAUGGCCUCCAAUACCCAGCUCCUGCUCCCUGGCCCUACAAACUCCUGAUCUCAGUAGGAGAAAAGCAGCAUGGUACACCGGACAGAAGACCAGAGUAAGAGACUUGGAAUCUCCAUCCUGAUGCUAUCAUGAACAGCAUGCAUAGAGACAGACCUUAGGCAGUCACUUCAUUUCUCUUUGGUUUUUCUACUCUGUGGGUAUUAGAAUACAUGAUCUACAUGAUAGGGACAGUGGUAACCUGGACAAAUACUUAAUUUUCUCUCAAGCUUUGACACUGCCUAGGACAGUUAGAAGAUUUAAGGAUGAUCAAAUUUCAGGAACAAGGGUUGCUACUGGAAUACCCUCAAAGGGCUCAAGCUAAAUGAGGAAGCACAAAUCCCACUUUCAGACCCUGAAACCUUGGUGCAGCCUACAGUAGGAAUCCCCCUGACCCUCUAUUCAUCCCCCUGUGCUCCCAAUUAAAUUCCAGGAAGUCUCCCACC